GAUAACAUCCAGAGAGCCAGACUCCACCUCUCGGAUGGCAAAUCCUGUAACUUAGCACUGGGGAAGAGAAAGGAGUGCAGCUGAUCUUAGAAAACAGGAAGUGAAGGACAGAAACUGCUAGAGCCCACAAGUAGGACUGGGAUCCUAGCCUCUGGUCAACGAAAAAGCCUACAAACAACCAAACUGAAUACACACUCAGCAUUUCCAGGAUGGAAAAUAAUCAAAGUAUUUACAGGAGGAAAUUAGAAAUGGUCCGUGGCAUUCCCCUAUUCUGGAGUAUUGUUGAAGAAUGGGCCCAGGUGGAAUCAUUCCAAGCCAGGCCAGAUGACCUUCUCAUUUCCACCUACCCGAAAUCAGGCACAACCUGGAUCAGUGAAAUUGUGGACAUGAUCUAUAAGAACGGUGAUGCAGAGAAGUGUAAACAGGAUGCGAUUUACGUUCGGGUCCCUUUCAUGGAGCUGAUCAUCCCUGGAAUUUCAAAUGGUGUCGCAAAGCUGGCUGAAAUGCCCUCUCCCCGAUUAGUAAAGACCCAUCUUCCUGUUCAACUCCUUCCUGACUCCUUCUGGGAAAACAACUGCAAGAUCAUCUACGUUGCCCGAAAUGCGAAGGAUGUGGCAGUCUCUUAUUACCAUUUCUACCAAAUGGCAAAGAUACAUCCAGAGCCUGGCACCUGGGAUGAAUUCUUGGAGAAGUUUGUGACUGGGGAAGUUGUGUUUGGACCUUGGUAUGAUCAUGUGAAAGGCUGGUGGGAGAAGAGAAAGGACAAGCGGAUUCUGUACCUGUUCUAUGAAGACAUGAAAGAGGAUCCUAAACGUGAAAUACAAAAGGUGUUACAGUUUCUGGGAAAGGACCUGAAGGAGGAUGUGGUGAAUAAAAUCCUCCAUCACACCUCAUUCCAGGAGAUGCAGAAGAACCCCACUGCCAAUUAUAAGAUGAUGUCAAAAGCUCAGAUGGACCACAGUGUGUCUCCCUUUAUGAGAAAAGGUAUCGCGGGUGACUGGAAGAAUCACUUUACCAUGGCCCAGAAUGAGGCAUUUGACUCAGAUUAUAAAGAGAAGAUGAAGGGAUCGACACUGCAGUUCCGAACAGAAAUCUGAAGCAGCAGUAGCUUCCUUCCCCCAUCUGGCUUAGGUGUUUAGUUGGCUUGGACAAGGGAGAAAUUGAAAUUAAAUGGGGGCACCAAAGCAAACAGCAACUAUUAACUACUUUAGAUAUAAUUUUUUCCAUAUGUUUCUAUUUUUGUGGGGUCUUCAGUUCCAUAACUGCCAUUUGGAUAAUGCAGAUGGGACUUCAAGCCCCAUCCCUCUGGACUGCCACUAGGAUCAGUGAUGGUUUCAGCUGCUGUGUGCUGAGAUUCUCACAUAACCACAUGACUCCAAGGGCUGGGGCUUGAAGAAAACCCACCAAAUAUCAUGUGUCUUGUGGUAAAAUCACAAGAGAUGGCUACACUGAGGUAAGACUCCACCAGAGGGAUUAUGCAGCUACUAUCAUUAGCAAACAAUAGCAAGGUAUCGUUGGGAAAAUAUCGUUGGCCUCAGUUUUUAAGGACUCAUCUACAAGGCCCUACACAGUAAACUACAUGGUACUGAGUUUGUCUACUAUACCUGAAAAGCUGAGCCGAGCCUGCUGUGACUCAAACCAGCAGAUUCCAGAAAGUCUAUAUAUGCCAAAACUGAUGUGUAGACUGUUAGGUGCUUUGAGAUGAAAAGCUCUGUAGAUAUUAAGAGGUGUCCUGCAAAAGAAGAGUUCAUUCAAACUGCAUAUGUAUGUCAAAUGUGCCUGCCUAUGAGCACACAUACAGAUUAA